CCAGCCAGCCAUUGUCAGCGAGUACGUUCCCAGCAAUAUUCUUAGUAUCAUAUUUACGUUCAAAGUGUUCAAAUCGCAAAAGGCAAAUCAUACGCAAGCUCGCUCGCUUCUUACAAAAACAAGAAAUCGUUCAACCAAAGGCAACGUGGAUCAAUCAAAAAUCAAUGCUAAAUAUCUAAAUAAAAAAAUUCCAAAAUCAAACGCGAAGUUUAGUUCGUACAAAGGUCGUCGACAACUGCAGUGUCAAUUGCAGUAAGAACAAAGUUUGUUUUCGUGGAAUAUUCGGAUCAGCUGUGCUGUGCAUUUGCUGACUUCGUCUAAUAUUACAUCGAAUAAAAGCGCAACUCUGUUUUACAAAGUGAAAUUCUUGAAAUUAAUCCAAUCAAUCCUAUAGCAAUAAAAGCUAGAUAACAAAUCUCAUGAAGUCACAGCGUCAUAAAGCUCUCUGAAUCGCUUAAAAAAUUCCAUGUGAUCUUAAUGCUCGAAUAACAAUAUUAAAGUGUUUAACUGAAAGCUUUUUAGUGUUAAUUUUAACAAUUUUUGUGUGGCAAUAUUUACCACACCCCGCGUUGUCAUUAAGAAUAUAUACCAAGUGAAUCUCCAGUAAUAAAUCCAAAGUCUCAAUGGCAUCACCGGCCUGUGAACAUCGCUACAAGGAUUUCAUUUUCAUAAGUUAUUAGAUUUUGUCUUUAUACCCGUUUAUAAAAAUAACUACAAAACUCUCAAUAUAUAUUGAGAGCCCAGUUACAAGUGUUAUAUAUCGAAACGUGUUUUAAACUCUGCGAUAGACGCAUUUUAAUGUCAAAUUUUGUUUGUGCUAAAGCAAGUAUCUCAGAUAAAAAUACCUAGAUGCUUAACAGCUACAAAUCAAGCUCGUAACAAUAUUUUCUGUACCGAAAUUGACUGUUAAGCCCACUGUCUCACACACAUACACACAUAUAUUCAUAUAUAUAUACGUUAGUGAAAAACAUUCGCAGCGCAAAAUUGUAGCAUACUUUUUGGCUGCAAACAUUAUAGACGCGCCUACAAACACACUAUAAUACGACAAAAGUUAACGGCACUUACCGUGAGCUCGUCAUCUGAUUAUAACAACCACACGUAAAGGUUUGCUAAACAACUGCAGCCCACAGUUCGAUUGGGUUCCGCUGUAACUGUAAUUCGCAUCUACGUUAGUGCUAUGCACCAUUCGCGUUCGGUGGCGCAACUAAAACAACAACAACACCGUACUUGGCAGCGCGACUAUCGCGCCUACAUUCGUAUGUGUGCAUACUAUCGGCAUCGUUCCGUAGUAGGCAUAACCGGCGGCGUCGGCGGCGGUACGUACACGCCCACCCACACACCCACCAUACAAGCGCAUACGCAAUAUUUUAUGUUGAACAUUCAAAAGCACUUGCUAAAGCGUAUGAACAUUUAUUGGCGCAAUAUAGCGGUAAUUAUUCACAAAGUGAAUACGAUCAAUAAGUUUAAGUUCGACAAGUUUAGCAAGAAGAAAAACUCUCGUAUGCUACACGGUGUAAUGGGUUUACGUGUGACGUCAUCAAUGAUGCGACAUUGCAUCAUGAUGCUCGGUAAGUAG